AUGUCUCGUUCUCUGGAGGGCAAGCUCGGCAUCGUGACCGGCGCCUCUCGAGGCAUCGGCGUCGCCAUUGCCGAGAACCUCGCCGCUAAGGGCUGCAACCUCAUUCUGGGCUACACCUCCCCCUCCUCCAAGACUCCGGCCGAGCAGCUCGCCACCGACCUUCAAACCAAGCACAAUAUCCAGACCCUCGCCGUCCAGGCCGACAUGGGCACAACCGACGGCCCCGCGUCCCUUGUCGCGACCGCAAAGGCCCACUUUGAGGGGCUCAACGGCGGCAGGUUCCAGGUCGACGUGCUCAUCAACAACGCCGGCGUCGCCCACAACAACCUCCUGCCCGCCGUCACGGUCGACCAGUUCGACGUCUCGUACCGCGUCAAUGUCCGCGGCCCGCUCCUCCUUGUCCAGGCCGUGCAGCCCUACCUGCCCACCGACCGCAGCGGCCGCAUCGUCAACAUGUCGUCCGUCAGCUCCUCCACCGGCUUCCCCGAGCAGAGCGUCUACGGCGGCACCAAGGCCGCCCUCGAGGCCAUGACCCGCACUUGGGCUCGCGAGCUCAGCGAGAACGCCACCGUCAACGCUGUCAACCCGGGCCCCGUCCUGACUGAGAUGUACGCCGGCAACACCCCCGAGUUCAAGCGCUUCAUCAAGGGCUUCAUCGAGCACGCCCCGCUUAUGAAGGCCCGCCCGGGCGUCGACUCGGACGACCUCGUCAAGGCCGCCGAGGAGGAGGGCGGUCGUCCGGCGUAUGUCGGCGAGAUCGCCGGUAUCGUCGGCAUGCUCGUCUCGGCCGAGUCGGCGUGGUGUACGGGUCAGGUUGUGUGUGCCAACGGUGGCAUGUUGUUUGGCAUGCAGUGA